UCUGUCUGAUGCGCUAGUGUGUGUUAUUUGUUUUUUUUUCACCUCCUGUCUCCCUCUCUGCGUCUGCUGAGCCGUUCCGUUGUUCCGUUCGUCCCGGAUCGGUGAUCUAGUUUAUGUGUGUGUGUGCUGUACGUGUACGGUGCCCAAACCCCGUUGGAGAUCGAGCAGCAGAUAAGCAGCAAAUCCGCAGAUCCACGGAACGCAGAUCUGCUUUAGGGGCAAGCUUGUGGCCGAGAUACGAAAUCGAUCGCAAAUCCGACGUGUGAAAUGGUGCCCGGUGGCGCUACAACAAGGAUGAUCUCCAUCAAGUGUUUCCAGUAAAGUGGCCAGUCCCUUAGAGUAAACUCGAAAGCCCCGAAACCUCUUCCCUGCACAGCUCCGAGAGCAGAGAUCGGAAGUGUGUAAGUGUGUACGAGAUACGAGAGCGCACCAUCUAACGGCGGAAAGCUUGGACGGACCGCGGGUGUGCACGCGUGUGUGUGUGUGUGUGCUUUUUGGGUGGUAUAGGUGUGCCUGUUUGGCAGCUUCGCGCAUUAUCGCCCUUUCGGAGAGCGAGAAAACCGAGCCCAAGAUGCCCUGCAGUGCCGUAACGCUGUCGCUGGCGACGAUAUCCGCCAUCAUCGCCGUUGCCCUGUUGGCAAUCGCCUUCUCAACCGACAACUGGCAGAGCUACGACGUGAAGCGGAAUAACAUACAGACCUUUAUCGCCAAACAUCCGGACGCGGCCUCGCUGACGGACAGCUUCAACAAUCGGCUCAUCUACUACACGCGAACACGCGGCCUGUUCCGAUACUGCUACCCGAAGGAGCGUCCUCCGUCUUCGUUCGUUCAAAUCUACCUGUCGCCGGUGGAAACACACUGUUCCAACAUUGACUACUUCCCGGCGAACGACGAAAGCAAGGAAUCCGACUCAUACAGCGAUGACAUCAUGACCCGACUCCAUCUCGCACGUUCCGUCAUUGCCGCCUUCAUACUGAGUUUCGUCGUGAUCUUCUGUGCCUUCUGGACCGGGCUUUCGGGAUGCUGGAAGCGUUCGGCCGGUGCCAUAACAGCGACGGCCAUACUGAUGCUCACCGCGUGCCUGCUCGCUGCCGGCGCGAUGGGUCUCUGGCAUACGGUGGAGUUUUUCGAGAAGGAAAAGGUGGUCGGCGAGGAGUACUACCAGCAGUGGAACUCUGUACUCCGGGACAAUACUCGUCUGUCAUACGAUUGGUCGUACAUUGUGGCCUGGGCCGGUGUGGCCUGCAGUCUGCUGGCCUCGAUCCUGCUAUCCGGAGCGGCCGUCUGUCUGCGGGGUGAGCGCGAAAAGGAAGAACAGCUGAACCUGCAGUAUCUGAUGCCCGUGUACCCCCAAAAGCAGCCUCCCUACCCGUACGGUGGUUUCCCCCAGCCUCAGCUCUAUCCGCAGCCAUACUACCACGGAUCGCAGUACGGACCGUAUAACUACUGAGUGGCAUGUUUCGCAGAGCCGCCCGACGACUGCGCGCUGACGGCGCGUGUUCGGUGACACGCGAAUGACAGCGAAAGUCUGCAUCCACGCACGCAUGACGAAAGCAAACGAAAGUGGGUUGGAAAACUUAGAUGCAGAUCACGAUUUGGGAAAAGGUCCUUCCUUCGAAAAAAUUACAUGUUGGCAGCGAUCAUCCGCGUUGUGCGAACAUUUUUACUCAUUUUGUCGCCUCCUUUUUUACUUCCAAAUGCUCAUUCUAGUGUCAACUUUUAUCAACCUGUCCUGGGAAUGGGCUGGGAUCGAUUUCACAAAACGGGAAACAAUUUCGGACGGGCCGUGCAGUUUGCACCGUACCGGGACGCUCCUCAUAAGACUUCUGCUAGUCCGUUCCGCUCAACAAGCUACCAACCGCGUAUCUAACUUGAAACGCAACGUGCAACACACCGCGUAACACACUUUGUGGUGCAUGUGUUGCAAUUUAAUCUUUUGUUUCUACUUUUCAAAAAAUACCGAGACACACUCCGAGCUCGCGAUUCCGGUUCCGUUGGUAUUCCGUCGGAAUGACACUUCUUGACCCAGCACUUAGUUCGCCCAAUUUCCGCCUAACAUACGCUCGGUUCUCAUCCAGUUAGGUUAGUGGAACGACAGUACGAUCCGGGCGUUGGUCGCUUCGUUUCUUACUGUAUUAUGAUAUAUAGGAGAUAAAUUAAGCAUAGUUUUCAGAGACUACCCGUUAAGCAGCGAUCAGCAUUAAAGGACAACAAACAACACAGAUAGUUCAGUUUGGAGAGAAACAGUAAAUUAAAACAAGGCAUUCGAAUCGAACAUAGUAAGAUAUAAGGGGCGUCGGAACGAUUUACUAGAAAAAGCAAGCACAGCAUGUGCGGGAGCGAAACGAAGAGUAAGCUAGUG